AUGGCAAAUGACGUUGAAGAAAAUCCUGGACCCACAAUAUAUAAUGUGGUUGACCCAACUCAAACAGUAUGUGCUGAUUUCAGCCAAGGUGAUACAAGAAAAUUUAGGCAAAAUGCUGGUAAACAAUGUUUAGCCAUGUCCUUGACCGCAAUAAUACAUAGUCAUAUAUUAGAUGUUGAUACUUGGGAUACAUCAUUGUUGAACCACAUACUGUAUGCAGGAAAUGAUCUGUAUACUUUCAUAAGCAACUCUGUUAAAAAGAGCUACUUAUUGUUAACUGAUGUUCCAGAGAUGGUUUCAGUAUUUGACAAAAUUUAUCACUUAGAAUACAGUGACUCAUUGGCUGGAGAUCUAUUUAUAGAAAAUACCAAUUUACCUUAUUACUCUUUGGAACAUGCUCUUCGUGAUUUGUUUUAUGGUUCACAAUUAAGUUAUCAACAUUGUAUGUUGACAAUUAACUGUAAUACUAUUGCAAUUUUUAAAACUUCUGAUGUGAAUUUUAAAAUUUUUGAUUCUCAUUCAAGGGAUUCCUAUGGUAUACUGCAUCCAUUUGGAAAAUGUGUGUCAAUUUCUGUUGAAGGUAUAGAUAACCUUAUAAUUUAUUUACAAAAUACUGUUCCCAGAGGGGAUGAUGUACCAUUUGAAAUCAAAGGGGUAACUGUUGAGUUAGCAAAUUGUGAGAUUGGCAAAGAAACUGGUAUUGCAAUUUUAUCAGGAAAAGUUGCAAAUAAAAGACUGGAAACAGCUAGAAAUUAUAAAAAAAAUAAGCGGGCAGUAGAGACUGAAGCUGCAAGGGAGAUCAGACUUGAAUCUGAUAGGAAAUAUCAUGAAUUAAAAAAAGCAAGAGAAACUGACCUUGCAAGAAAAAGGAGACUCGAAAACAAUAAAAAUUGUCAUAAAUUUAAAAAAGCA